UUGGCUGCGACUCAAACCCAGUCGGAACGGCGCCAGGCAACUUUCUUGCCACCCCCGAACAGCUCGACAACGCCCCAAUACACCUCAAUUGGCAACCCACGUCUUCGGAACAUUAUCGUAUCCACGGCAGUCAUGUCCCUGCGGCCGAGCCUGCGAACCGCCGGCCGGACGCUCGUGCUGCGCUCCCGACCCUUGACCCCCCGACAGGAACUUCCGGUCUGGGCCGCGACGAGACGAGGAUACGCGGACGAGCACAAGGGCGAACGGAGUCAGCCCCCAACUCUGAGACCAUCUGAAAAUGCUGCCUUCCCUCAGAGCCAGAUUGGCUCGGAGCCUGCAACGGGACAACAGUCAACAACAGACGAGGCCGCCGCGGCGCUGGAAGAGCUCGUCAUCGCGGCCAAGGGACAGAGCGCCGGGCUCGAGGGCGCCCUGACGGAGGCACAGGAGCAGGCGCUUUACAACGAAGGCGCCAUCCCCCCUACACCGUCGAACGGUGAUCCCCUCCGUGACCUCGAGGUCCUGGCGUCCGGCGGACUGCUCACAAACGCCCAAGAUACGGAGAUCGCGACGUCGCAACGUCCGGGAUACAAGUUUCCCCUACCGAGCCUCCCUCUGCCACCGCACAGCCACCUGAAGUCUCGUUACCACCCUGUGCUCGACCAGCUGACCAACCUGAUGAUGCGGGACGGCAAGAAGGCACAAGCGCAAAGAAACAUGGCCAUGGUCCUCAACUUCCUCCGAACCUCGCCUCCCCCCAUCAUCAACCCGCGAUACCCGCUCCUCCCGGGCGCCCCGCCGCCAGCGCAUCUGCCUCUGAACCCCGUGCUGUACCUCACGCUAGCCAUCGACUCAGUGGCGCCCCUGCUCAAGAUCCGCCGCAUCCCGGGCGGAGCUGGUGGUGGCCGCCCCCUGGAGCUGCCGGUGCCGCUGGCCGUGCGUCAGAGGCGGCGGGCCGCAUUCCAAUGGAUCCUGGACGUCGUCAACAAGAAGCCGUCCAAGGGCAGUGGCCGGACGCAGUUCCCGCACCGGGUGGCCGACGAGGUCAUCGCUGUUGUUGAGGGACGGUCGGGCGUCUGGGACAAAAGGCUGACAUUGCACAAGCUCGGCACUGCGACGCGUGCCAACUUGACGGUCAAGCCCGUCAAGGCGCAUUAGAGAUCGUAGUGAAGGUGGGCCGCUAUUCGAGCAGGAAAGAAAAAGUGUAAACAAAGAACUGUAUAUUGUACUAUAUUCACCCCGACAAUGUCAAGUGCUCAAGAUGAGCGUGUUUCCUGUCAGUAUUUUACUAUGAACGUCCGAGGUAAGGGCGGGGAGGCCCCAGAAGAUGAUGAGGUGCAGCGGCGCCUGUUCAAGGGACCAAUUCGGCGUACAGCAAUUGGGGAGCCUGGAAAUGCGACGAAUACGGCAGUUCCCUGCGAAGAAGCCUUUGGACACGGGCGUUUCUUGUGACAAACGACACUGGUAGUGCAAGACGGCAGCCUGUAAGUAGCAGCACCGUCUCUUCCGU